GCGAUCGCGACCCCCGCCCCGCGCGCGGCCCCGCGGAGUCGCACCUGGAGGACUCGGAGGGAAGAAUGGCAGAGACCAAUGUCAACGUGGAUGGCUCGGCGCGCCCCUCGGUAGCCCAGCUGACUGGGCGGUUUAGGGAGCAGGCAGCUACUGCAAAGGAGACACCAGCCAGUAAACCAACAAGAAGGAAACCACCCUGCUCUCUCCCCCUGUUUCCCCCCAAGAUAGAGCUGGGCCAGAAUGGUGAGGAGAAAUCACCACCCAAUGCGAGUCACCCUCCUAAAGUCAAGGUGAAGAGUUCGCCUCUGAUUGAAAAGCUUCAGGCAAACUUAGUUUUCAACCCCGGGGCCCUGCUGCCCGGGGCCUCACCCAAGAGUCCUGGACUCAAGGCCGCGGUGUCCCCGUUUCACAGCCCGCCUUCCACACCCAGCAGCCCUGGAGUGCAGUCUCGGGCCAGCGAGCCAGAGGAAGUGCCCGCCAGCUUCGACCAGCCACCUGAGGGCAGCCACCUGCCCUGUUACAAUAAGGUGCGGACCAGAGGCUCAAUAAAAAGGCGCCCUCCCUCCAGGCGAUUCCGAAGGUCUCAGUCAGACUAUGGGGACCUGGGAAAUUUCACGGCCCCUGAGCCAUCCCAGGAGAAUGGGGCCAAGGAAGAGAAUGGGGAUGAAGUUUUCCUGUCCAAGAGCAAAUCCCCGGGGUCCCCUCCACCCGGUGAGGGGGCAACAGAGCAGGAAGCAAGGAGGAAACUGGGGAGGACGCCCAGCAGGACAGAGAAGCCAGAAGAGAAGGUCACGGCCAUGGAGAAAGCUCAGCAUCCCGAGAAGGUCACGGGGGAUUCCAGAGAGGAGGCCAGUCAGAGUCCAGGCGGGGAGGAGGCCUCAGAAACCCCCCAAACUUCCAGUCCAGAGGCAGAGAAUGAGUGUGGGUGCCCCAGAGAGGGAAACCCGGCUGGAGAACAGAUGGAAAAAGCUACAGAGGGGAAGGAGGAGCGUGUGGAAAAUGAAGAAGAAAAGGCACCAGCACAAAAGAACCCAGAGGAGGAAGCUGCCAGGAAGGAGGCCCCCGAGAUGCCCCCUGGAGAAGUGGGAGACAACCACAACCCUGAGCAGGGGCCAGGCAAGGGAAAGCAAGAAGGGGAGGCAGCUCUGGAGCCAAGCGGCAGGUCUGGGGCCAGCCACACCCAGCCAGAGCCCGACAGCGAGGUUCCUGAGACACAGAAUGAUGCCCCUCCCCAGGACACUAAAAUAUGAAGAGUUCAUUGUGCCUAAUAAUGAAGCUGCUAGAAGUAUCUCUUUGGAAGCAGCAGCAGCAAUAGUAGCAGCAGCAAAUGAAACCCUGGCAGAGCAGAGUGCUUGGUGGGCCUGGAAUCUGCCUCAAGACAGGUUUCCUGGCUGUAACACCAUCGCAGGUGGAGAUUGGAUCAGAAGGCAGUGGACUUUCAUCAGCUCAAGUUUGUGUCACUCGAUGAACUUAGUUUAAAAAAAAAAAAAACAACUUAUUUAGAACAGUCUACUGUAAUGACAACUCCCCAGGGAUCCUUGUCAGCCUGUGAGUCCUGGGCACCAUCCAUACCACCCAUCUCUGCACUGACCUUGGAAGGAACUGGACUCUGAUUUACCUUGUCAUAUUUCAUCUAACAUGAUAGACUUUUUACUGUGUUAAAAGUUUUUAUGGUUCUCAGAUAUAAGUAAAACUAGUUUGAAGUAGCCAGAGACAAAAGGAAAUCAUACUGUUGAAAAUAUAAAUCCUCUAAAUUACAAAGACCUUAAGUUAUAUUCCAACACCUGAGACAACCUUACAGCUUGGCUCAAAAUUUCAACUGGUCAACCCAUUUUAAAAUAUUAGCCUAGAAGCAAUUAACGAUUACAACAUUAAAAAAUAUCAGAUCUAGGCCCUCCCUGGUGGCGCAGGCAGUUGAGUACAGCGCUGUGAAGCUGUCUGUAGCCUCUGCAGCGUGGGUUCCAUCCAGGACGGCCAGGGAGAUACCCACAUAGAGCGGCAGACCUCUCCUGUCUCACCUGCUGCUCCCCUCAGCAGUGUAUUUCAGUCAGUCUGCCCUUUCUGUUCCCCACUCUAUCUCUGGUGAAUCUUUUCACCCUUCUGCACAUCUGGCCUGUACCCCGGCUCUUAUAUGCAUGAAUAAAUAAAUCUUACAAGAAAGGAAAAAAAGGAAAAAAUAUCUGAUCUAGCACAGGAGUUUUUUUGUCUCAUGUUUCUCAGCUCAUCGCCUUUCCUACCCUUGAGGAGGCAGGGAGACAUUCCUUGGAGAGGCAGAAAGUCCAGUGUCUUCAGGGCUCUGCAUCUCUACUCCCUGAUUCAUCCCCAUGAGGGUCAAGUUUGCACAUCCUGGUGACAUUGGAGCAUGGAUUCGAUAUUUCCUAGGAAGGAGGUGUUUGAACAACAUGGUGUGCAAGCGUCACAAUAACAACAUCCUUCCCUGCUUCCCAGGGAAUCUGUUCUUGAACUGAAGCUUUCCCAACUCAGGGGAGUGGGCUGUGUCUCCAAGCUCCUCUUACUGGGGGGUGCUGACUUGAAUGGCUGUUAGGAGCCUGCGGGAGGCUCUUCUUGCCUUCAUGCUGAGGGAUGUGAACACAAACAUCUUAUAUUUAGGGUUGGUCCUUACUCAACUUUGAGUAUUUCAGUGUCUCAGUGCGCUGAUUUGGGUAAUUAAGCCAUUAUUUUUCUGAAGAUCUGCUAGGCCAUACCCCUCCUGAUUUAGAGAAGUUAUCCAGACAAAAAGGCCUAAUCGAACCACUGGUACCUCGAUUAUCUCACCCCAUUUAGUUUUCCUAACCCCAGGAUAGGAUAGAUUUGGGAUAUAUUUUUAAAAACUAUUUUUAAAUAUAAGACAUCUUCAAAGAUUUGUAAGCUAGUUUAUACUGAUUUUAUGAUAAGCUUUGUGUUUUUAGCAGAAUUUGGGAGAUGUGUGUGUUGUCAUUAUAUAAUGCACAUUUAUCAAUCAGCUAUCAUCUCUAUCAAUGCAUCUAUCUCUCUCUACAAAUGGACAGCUCUAUAAGUAUCUUUGGAUGGGCUAUACACUUACAUCUGUACAUUCACACACAUAUCCAGUCAAAAACUUUGUGAAUAUGUGCAUGAUUGCGAAUGUAUGUGAUAAAAAACAGAAAUCUGACACUUGUCCUUACUUGAAAAAGGAGUAUCAUAGAACGACUGGGAUCACACCAUAGGAAAAUGUGAAAAUAAAAUGCUAUUUUUUCUUCUGGAGACUCUGUAUUUUAUAUCAGCAGAUGAGAAGGAACAAUAAAAUAUACAAUAAAAAGAAUAACAAAAAAUAACCAAAAAAGAAUACAAGGAAGGUGACUCUGAAGGAG